UUUAGUAUAGUUUAUUUCUGGGUACCUAUUGGGUAAUAGUGUACGGGGUUGAUUCGCCCUCGCGUCCCUCCACUCUCCGCUCGCACCCCCUCUGCCCGUACCUUCUCGUCUAGACCGGGAUUCAGACCAUUCGUUGCGUUAGUUGCCUCCCAGCGUUCGCACGGGAAGGGUAUCACGCUGUUUCUUGCUUCACUCGCUAGGCGCGAAUUUUGAAUGUUUCGUGCGUGACUUUCAAUUUUAGAAAUUGGAUUAUUGUGAGAUCAUUUGUGUAAAAGUGACUUUAACGGAACUUGGUGAAUUAUGAUGGAUCUUUGUGUAUCAUGAGCGAAGUAGAAGAGAAUGAAGCGAGCCCUCCAGGAACACCUCACGUCUAUCUGAAGACGUGGCAGUAGACAGCAACAUGAACACCCGGGCUGUUCUGACGUCCCUGCUGGGCGUCUUUUGUUUUUACACAGAUCCAGUAAAUGGUGGGCUAAGUGACGACUAUGGGAGCAGCGGAGAAGCACCUUACAUCAUCGAACAGCCUUUGGACGUGACAGUGGCUCGUCACCAGCCGGCAACUCUCAACUGCCGUGCUGGAGGCUCACCUCCGCCUAACAUAAAAUGGUACAAAGGAGGCGUGCUGGUAGUCUCCGACACCCACCGUAGUCUGCUGCCUGCAGGUGGUCUGUUUUUCUUAAGAGCGACGCACGGUAGAGCUCACUCAGAUGCAGGGGUUUAUUGGUGUGAAGCAACGAAUUCAUACGGAACAGCUAGGAGUAGAAAUGCAACGUUACAUGUAGCAGUGCUACGUGAGGACUUUAGACUAGAGCCAGUGUCAACACAAACUGCGCAAGGCGAAACUGUAAUAUUGGAAUGUUUGCCGCCGCGAGGAUCGCCCGAACCGACUAUUUACUGGAAGAAAAACGGCCAGGCCCUGCAUUUUGAUGGCGAUUCCAGAAUGCAUUUAGUCGAUGGUGGUAGUCUAGUUAUCCAAGACGCGCGGCAAACUGACGCUGGUAGAUAUCAAUGUAUAGCUCGGAAUCCAGCAGGGACAAGGGAAUCGGCUGUUGCUACGCUACGAAUCCACAUUAAGCCGUACUUAAUAACGGGCCCUGAGGACGUGGUGGCGCAGACCGGCGGCAGCGUGACGUUCCAAUGCCGAGUGGGUGGCGACCCCCUCCCGGAUGUGCUGUGGCGGAGGACGGCCGGAGGAGGCAACAUGCCACUCGGCCGCGUCAAAGUUCUAGACGACAGGAGCCUUAGACUCGAUAAUGUUGUUUUAGAAGACGAAGGAGAGUACAGUUGCGAGGCCGAGAAUUCAGUCGGCGCCGUAAGCGCGACAGGGUACUUGACUGUAUACGAUCCACCUACAAUAUCGCUUAAGCCAAACUCUGUAACAGUGGAAAAUAGUGCAGCCGCUACAUUUACCUGUACGGCCUCAGGACGCCCCGAACCGACAAUGUUCUGGAGUUUAGAGGGAAACAGGACAAUAAUACUACCCGGCACGUCGAAGGGCAAAUACCAUGCCACGCCGGUUAUUGACGGCGUCACUACAUUGACUGUAAAUGAAACAACCAAAAACAACAGCGGUAUCACAAUAGUUUGCUCGGCGGUGAAUUUUGCCGGCAGUUCGUUUGUCAGAGGAAAAUUAACAGUUACGUCAGACGAUGACCGCCCACCUCCAAUAAUAACAAACGGGCCCUCUAACCAAACGUUACCUAUAAAAUCGAUGGCAGUUUUCCCCUGCACAGCCGUCGGCACACCUGAACCAAUCAUAGCCUGGUAUUUCGGAGGGGAAGCGCUAAUACAAAACCAUAGAAGGAAUGUGUCUAAUGACGGGACUUUAAUAUUAAGAGAUUUGGAUAAAAGCGACAGCGGCACGUACACUUGCGUCGCCUCCUCGCAUCACGGAAAAUAUGUAUGGAGUGGCGUUUUGCUAGUAGAUAGUCCAAUAAACCCAAAUAUACAUUUCUUUCGGGCGGCAGAUGUAUCGUCACUACCCGGUCCACCCACUAAACCGCAGAUACACAACAUAACGGAAAACACUGUCACAAUAUCUUGGAAUCAAAAUAACAAAAUCGGAUCGUCGUCCAUACUCGGAUACCAAGUGGAAGUGUUUUCGAGAGAAACUCUUUCCGGAAAUAACACACCUAGAAACUCUCGGGGUUGGGUAGUGUUGGCAAAGAAAAUACAACAAACACAGUAUGUAGCUAGGUCUUUGGUUUCUGGCGUUACCUAUAUGUUUAUAGUGAGAGCGGAAAACUCGCACGGCUUAUCCGGACCGAGCCCGGUCUCCGAUCCUGUAAUAGUAGGCGAAAGUGGCAAUGGCCUGUGGGAAAACGGAGUGUUCUCCAAUAACACCGGAUUUAGAAAUAACAUCAUGACUGAUAACAUCGUAGAACUAAUCGAAGCAACGCCUAUUGACUCGAAAACUAUUAAGUUGAUGUGGGAAAUUUUAAAUUUCUAUUAUUUGGAGGGAUUAUUUAUAUACUACAGACCUCUUGACAAUGCAACAACAGAAUAUCAAAUGAAGACUAUCUUACAUUCAAACGACGUAUCUGGAUAUGAAAUAACCUUUUUAAGGAAGUAUACAAAAUACGAGUUUUUCCUUAUCCCGUUUUAUAAGAAAUUCGAAGGGAAACCGUCCAAUUCUAGGAUUGCUCAAACGCUGGAUGAUGUGCCAGAGGGUCCUCCAGUAAAUAUUGAAAUGUUUAUCUUCAAUACAACGACAGUUCAUUUGAAAUGGUCACCCCCAGAACCCAAUUUACAAAAUGGGCUAAUUACUGGUUACAAUGUUUUGGUGAAUUGGUUGGACCUGCCCGCCAACAAAUCGAUGGUAGCCAUAAACACGACAGUACAACAAGCUACGAGCCUCAUAAUGACAAACUUAACUUCCGGAGUCAGUUAUUCCGUUCAAAUUGCAGCUGAAACCGUUGUGGGGAUGGGCCCAUUUAGUCAAAAGGUGUACUUGAAUAUCGAUUCCCGUUCUAUUGGAUUGGAUCCUUUAUCAAGGUAUCCCGUUAAUGGAGAAGUGUCUAUCGUAGCCGGCGACUUCGUAAUGGAAACAUGGUUUUACGUUUUGAUUGGAGCGAUCGUUCUGUUUAAAGUAAUUGUGAUUGGCGGAAUUAUUUACGUCAGAAAGCACAACAUUUUUGCCAAAAAGUCGUCCGCUCUUCCAAAUAUAUACGAUUCAAACGGAACGAGCUUAGUUACACAAAUGAACAUAAAAGCCGCAGUUUCCUUGUCUCACCCGCUCACCAGUUGCUAUAAUAAGAACACUGUCACAAAAACAGAGUCACUGCUUUGGAUGGAGAAUCAGCCUGGAUUAUGUAUGUCGGGUACUCAACCCAAUCAGAAUAAGCAAAAAAUGAAUUCCGAAUAUGAUAAAGUUGCGCAGCAGUUGCCUGAAUACGCAGAAGUGACGUCAUCUAAAAUCAUGGGCAAUGAAUGGAACACGAGUAAGACGGCCACUUCCCCAGCGGCGUACGCGUCAGUCACGCUUGUUGCUAAUACGAGGCAGUGUGUCAGUUCAUUGGGCUGGUUUCCGCCAGGUGGCAAAAAUAUAGAUAACUUCGAUAAUCGAUAUGCUCCAGAUGAAGAACUGUAUCCAGCCAGUAAUGGAGGUUAUUAUAAUAGAAAUGUGUACAGCGAAAAAUACUUCCAAGGUCAUCCAAACGUAUUGAAGUUCUACGAUUUACCAUCAAUGGAUAAAACGCAGAAAGCCCAACUACGUUACAAUCAGAGUUUAGAUGAGAGAAAGGGAGAUAAAAACCAAAAGUCUGAAGUUACACAGUCACUCAUCGGCCGUACCUACGUCAGCUCUAGGAAAAAUUCAGAAACUGAAACUACUUACAGAGCAUUCGGAGGAGAUGAGUCAGAUGACGAGUCAUAUCCCGAAGACGGUGGUUAUGAUGAGCUACAAGCAAUGCAGUCUCAAAGACAAAGACCUCAGCAUCAGUACGAGAGACCUAAUUUUGACAACGAGAGUACCAGGACGCUGGCGCGUCUGACAUCGUUCCGUCACGGCCAAGCCUCGACGAACGGCGUCUCGCAGAACUCUCUUGCGCCAGCGCACCCUCCUCUGCCUCCACACCCGCGGGCGGACUCCGUGACCCGGUAGUAUCACGCCCUGCCGGUUUUCGGCGACUUGUGCCAAACGGACGUGUAGACCGACCUUAAAUUAAGUGUAGUGAUUCCACUAAGAGAGAUCACAUUCUUCCUAAUGGUGUAUUACAGACUGUUGAAAAAUGAAUGAAUGUUUUAAGGUGAAUAGUGUUAAGAACUUAUGACCGUAUACUAUCGAGAUUGGCCUACUAAAUAUUUCGACUGCCUAAUUUUACGACGCAGAAUACAUAGCUGCGUGUUUUCGAGAGUUUAUAUUAAUUUAAAGUAGUUAUUUUAUAAAUUAUAAACUACGCCUAGUCGUUUGUAAAUAAUAAAUACAAUUGUAAAUAAUGUAUAUAAUAUAAUAUUAUACUAUGUGUGUUUAGUUAGCACGAGAGAUCUAUUAUUACUUUGAUGAUAACACGUUAGACCUACAUUAUCAGUUGAGAACCAACCCUUUUCACUAAGUAACAAAUACUUAAAUCAGACUCAAAUCACAGUACUCAUUCAGUACCAAGAUGCGAGGAUUCUAAGAAUAGUGACACUUUGAGUUACUAGAAAUUUUUGGUUUUCAACUGACAUCGUUAUAUUAAACCCAGCAGUCAAAUUAAGGGCUUCAUAGUAAUGAGAAAUAAGAAGCUGAAUACUCGUAUACACUAUACACCUUCAUUACGGCAUCUUAUCUAGGCAAGAAUUGUAGAUCAUAAAAUUUUGCAACAAGUUAUGUUCCGAACAUUUUUUCAUGAACUCAAGCGUUUUUAAGAUAGUAGGCGCAGAACGCGCAGCCGUGUCAAACACAAAAGCAGUCAUCCAGACGCCAAUUUUAUGCAUAUGCAUGUAGGUCUAAUGUUGCUCUGUGGUCUAUGACCGAUUAAUCGGUCUUUGGCGUUGAACUUACGCCUACGGUGCGUAUAUAAUAUCGGUCAUUGGCGUCCAAAAGGUUAAAAACGUCAUAAUGAACGUGUACCUAUACGAAUUUUCAGCUUAUUAUCUCUCAUUCCGAAGUUGACCCCAUUUUUAGGCUAAAAGUUGACCCCAUUUUUAGGCUAAAGAUGACUGGGCCAAUUUUUAUAAUGAUUGUGUUAUUGGAAUUGAUAUUAUUCAAUUGAUAUGUCCGUCUGAAUAUCAAUAAACGAAUUUGUACCCACGAUAUCAUUAGUUUAAGUAUUACUAAAUUUAGAACCAGAAUACAAAACUAUCGCUUGGCAAUAACUUGAAGUAACGUUGAUAUAUUGUAGAAAAUAUACUAUUAAUAAUGAGUCCGCUAAUAUAGUUACACAUGUAGAUUUUCUUUCCUAUAUCUAAACAUUUCGAAACACUACAUUUUAUUACAUUUGUAGCGUUUUUAAAAUGACACAUUUAUUUGGUUUUAAAUAUGCUGUAAGUUUAGCAAGUUUAUUUUAAUACCUCUAUUAGUUGUAAAACUUGUGCCAUAAAAACUUUUGUAAUAUAAAAUUACCUUAAAGAAACAUUGGAGUUGUGAAAUAAAAUUCAAAUGAAGCUUUUUACAAACGUAAAGAUGAUAAUCUACGUAAAUUAUGUGAUAUUCAUGAUUAUUACAUGUAUAAUCAUUUUAUAAGAGUACAGUAGGCAACAAAGGUAAACAUAAUUAAUUACCUAUCUACUCUGAGCUAUUGCGAAAGAAAUCUAGCUACCCAAUUAAUUUAUACCUUAGUCCCUGACUCAAAUGGCCGAAAGCGAUGGUAUUUACUUUUGUUGCGAACUGUACUUAGCACAAGUAGUAUAUGUACCUGCAUAUCAUUUGUAUUACUUAGUUGAACUAAUUGUUAAACAUGUUAUAAAUUAGGACGUAUUCACAAUAACGAGAUGGCUCUGAAAUAAAAUAAAUAUGUAGGUCUAAGUUUAUAAAGUGUUAACUUUAUUCAUUCAAAUGCACAAUUAACACAUUUCCACUUGAUUGUGAAAACGUCCUUUUGUAUUCAAUUUUUGUAAAUAAAAAUAUCGCCUAUACAAUAAUUAUGACUUGAUAUCUGUAUGUUCUUCACUGUUAUUAUUGCUCCAUUCAUAAGUGUAAAUUGUAAAUAUUAUUUGAUACAACAAAUUAAAGAACCAAUGGACUACGUCAACUACGUGUAUGAAACGAAACGACAGAUAAUAAGUAGGUAUUUAAUAAGCACUUAGUAAUAGUUAUUUACAAGGGGACAAAGUUGUUGUUUAACCUCUCGUGCUAAUAUGUUAAUUGAUACCCGAGCAAGCAAAAGAUUUUAAAAUUGACUCGCUACGCUAGUGGUUCGAAAAAUGGAAUCUUGAACGUUGCGAGGGUUUCAAGACACAAAUUAAACAAACAAAUAAAUUAAACAAAUUUUGCCACCGAGUGAAAUACAAAAUUAACUGUAAAAUAUGAAACAAAAUCAAAGCAAAUUAGUUCAAAAUGAAUGGUAUUAAAUAUUUAUCAUUCAAAAUCAUUUAAAAGUCAAUUCUACCAACCAAAAAUUUUGAGUGGUUUUCUUAUAAACAACUCAAAAUUUGCAUUUGAUUACUUUGCCCCACAUGUGGAUAAAAUGCAACUUUCUUAUCCGUUUUUGAACAUUCAAGACAGGUAGCCUUUACCAGCCGGAGUGGUGAAAAUUAUUUUGCCAGCUUAUUAAGUUAAUUGUGUGACUGAUAUUUUUUUUUAAUAAACGGACGGUUUCGAAAUACAUAAAAAUAUAUUUAUAUCUCAGAUACCGAGAUUUUUUUUAGGUUAGGCACCUACUCUUAUCUGUGCGUAUUUUUUAAAGAAGUAUUUUAGCAAUAUUUCAUGGUAUUUCACUUAUUACCUUAUUGUCACAACGGCAAUAGAAUAAUCGUUAUUUUUUUUAAAGAAAAUUACGAAAAAGAAAAUAACGUAGUACCGUAAAAUUGGAUGAGUAGGAGCAAAACUGUAAUUCAAACCUCGAUAACAUUUAAUCUUUACAAAUGCAAACUGAAUGGUGUAUAUAAUAAGUGUUCCGGACGUUUGUUUUUUAUUUUGGGUAGUUCCAUUUCAUAACUUUGACGUUAAACAAGAAAAUCCACCUCACCCAGUAGUCCCUCGUAAUUGGGGUGAGAUGGGUUUUCAUACAAAGGUGAUUUUGUAAGAUUGUUGGAUCGAUUUUUUUAUUAUGAGGAUUACUAUAGCUCCAUUUUAAAUUGGAAAAUAUUAUUUUUGUAGCAGUAGCCCUAAAAACCCAUCUCACCCCCUUUCAAACCUUCUCUCCCCAUCCAUAACCCAACUCUCCCCGCGAAACCUACUCACCCCAUUUUACGGUAUUCCGAAUUGUAUGUGUUAUAUAGUAGCCCAUUGGUUAUUUAGUACGUUUUAAAACUACGAUACCUUGCUUUUUUAGUAAAAACUAACAAAGUAUAAUUUGGACACGUACGAGUAUAUACAAUUUAUAUUUCUAGUUCCUAUUUUAUGAAUUGCGUGAAAUCGUUACAGGGCUAGCUCCAUUUUAAUAAAUAAGAACCUACCUACUUUUUUUCGUAAAAAAAGUGUGCAAAUUAGGAGCGAUGUUUAAUUAUACAGAAUUAUAAGCUUUAUCUCUAUAUCCCAAAUACUAAAUAGAUAGAAUAUUCGUGUCUUGCACGUUUCUUAAAUAGUUUAAUUCCUGACUGGGUCUGUUUCAGAGCACUUUAGUAGCUGUCAUUUGCGGAUAAAUAAAUCAAUUAGAUGUCACAUUAUUUUUAAUUGACUUAUCGACCUGUUAAACUUAGUAUUUGGGAUAGAGAAACAUACUUUAGAACAUACACAUACGUUAUAAGUAGGUACAUUAAUAAAAAAAUACAUACAAUGUGUUUGGACAGCUAUGAUAGAGCCGUUAACCACGUAUAGUACGAUACAUUUUAUCGACAUAUUACCCUCCACACCUAUGUAAAUAUAUAUUUACUUUUUUCUCAAUCGUUUUUAAUUUGUACCCCUUUUAUGUUUUUUUUUCGCCAUACAAAGCCGCACUUGGUUAAUUAAAAAUUAUUUGUCCAAAUACCGGUCAGACGUGUAAAAAAGUGAUUCGGUAGCUUAAGAACAUGGUGUAUUUAAAAAUGGUUAAGAAAAAAAUAGGAAUAUGUACAGUCAAGGGCAUAACUAUAUAUACAUUCCCAAAGUUUCAAAAAUAUGUGUACAUUAGACAUUAUAAUAUUUUUGAGCCGUUUGUUACGUUAAAGUUAACAGCUUCACGAUAGCUUUCCAUACACAUUGUAUAUAUAUACAGUUUUCCAGUGUAAUUUCUGGAUCAUUUUCACACUUCAAAACCUGCACAAAAACUUGUGCUGUGCUGUUCUGAUUUAUACAGUAGGUAAUAAAUAAAUUACAAUUUGUGCAUUGUGAAAUACAAUUUGUAAUUGGUCACAUUGUCAUUUUUAAAUGUAUGUUCUAAAUGUGCUGUGCUAAAAUACAUACGAGUAGGUACUACUUUUAUCGCCUACUACCUAUUCACGACCCCUGACUGUUGAAAAUAGUUGUUUAUAGAGUACGCAGCUCCUUGUUAAUAAAUAGUCAACGUUAAGUACUCAUACAUACCUAUAUUGUGCAUCUUACGUAGCCUUAUGUCAUGACAUUUAAAGACAUAUUUAUACCUCACAACUCAUAUAUCUAUUUAUCAAACAUGACCUAAUUUUAAUAGGUUUGAGGUAUAGGAACUACUAUGUAUUAGAAUUGUAAUUUAUAGCAAGGUGUCUAGUACAUGAUUUCAAACCUUUUAAGUCAACUGGAAUAAAACUGAAAAAGUUAUUUUUACGCUUAAAGACCACUCUAAGGAAUAGAUGUGCGAACACGUUAUCUUGAGAUGAAUUUUAAUUUUUGUAAUGGUCUUUGUAUACCUAUUUUAAUAAAAUAAUUUGAACUAAUAAUA